CGGAAUUGCGUCUCGAUUCAAAUCAAGCUAUGAUACAUAAUACCAACACUCCAACAUAUCUCACCUGAAAUUUCCCGGCAAACUAUCAUAUUUACCAAAGCCCGAAGAUAAGAUAACGUUUGCCGUAGAUAAGAACUUGGGCGUUGCAAAGAUUCGUUUUUAUUUAGAAGUAUGUGAAAGCAUUGUCUAGUGAUUACGUUUUUACUGAUUAAUUUGUCUGGAUUGAGAUUCUCCAAAUAAUGAAGGUAUUCUUGUGUCUGAUCCUCCUCGUGCAGUCAUUCAUCUCAGGAGGCUCUGAUCAACCUCCAUUUUGUAAAAGUUGCGAAUGCCAAAUUACAAACACAACUACAGUUCGUCGUAUAGUCUCUUGCAGACAUGACGUUGAACGUAUCAUUUUCAUUGAGUCUAACUGGAAAAAUGAAAAAAACGAAACUUUUGACUACGACAUAGUCAGUUUCCAAAAUGGAGUUUUACCCAACCUCACAAAUAUAUUCCCUGCAUCAAGUCUGGUUUCUCUGGAUCUGUCUUACAAUGAUAUUAUAUCUAUCGGAAGCAACGUAUUUAUGAAUUUGAAGAAUAUGACGACGCUGAUUUUGAGUCAUAAUGAUUUGGAAAAAAUUGAUCCAGAUGUUUUCAAGGGCUUCGACAAGGAUGGAAAACCCUCUCCAUUGAACAAUUUAAAGGAACUACGAUUGGGUAAUAACAAGAUUCGUUCACUUAAUCCAGACGUCACAGAUCAUAUCACCGAAUUAGAAAUACUUGAUCUGAGUAACAAUCCACUUGGCCCAAUUGACAAUUCCACAUUAUUAGCUAUAAGCAAAUUAAGCAAUCUUAAGGAGCUGUAUCUUCAGUACACCAACAUAACAAGUUUGCCUGAUCAUUUGCUACAUACUUUGAAACACCUGCAAGUACUAGAUUUGUCUGGCAAUCCCAUAACAGAGAUGCCUCGCACCUUAGCACAAGCUAAAAACUUAACAAAACUGUUCAUGAACAACACUGGAUUUGUCAACCUGACAGAAAAGAAUGGCUUCCCAGAGCUACCGAAAUUGAAAGAACUUCAUCUAUGUCGAAAUGAGCACUUGCAACAUUUGGGAAAGCACAGUUUGAGUGGUUUGAUACAACUCGCAGUUUUGAAGCUAACUGACAACAUAGAUCUAGCCAGUAUUGACCCAAUGGCUAUUGCUAAAGCUAUGGACAACAAUGGAGGAGCAAUAUGGCCGCCCUUGAAAGAACUGUACUUAGGUAACAACAAGCUAUCCUAUCUGGAGAGUGAAUUGGUCGCAAGAUGGGACGCAUUAUUAGCAUUGGACAUCAACGACAACCCAUGGACGUGCGAAUGUGAGAAUCAAUGGCUGAUUGAAGAUUUAAUGCCAAUAUACAUAAAACUGAAUCCUGCCAAUGCAAAAAUUAUCAAAUGUGCAGCUCCCAUAGAAAUGAAAGAUAUAAAAUUUGCAGACUUAUUUGUCAAAAAAAGCCAUAUGAGGUGUUUAGACACAAAUGAUGCUAGACCAGAUCUGGAUGCAGCAAUGUUGGUAGGCGUUUUGGCUGGGGUCCUGGUAGCCAUCCCUACCAUUCUCCUCCUUAUUUUUGCCUAUCAAAGAAAAUGGAUCAGCCUAUGUGGAAUCUGCGACGAUUCACCAGCUGCUUAUUCUAGAAGAUUCUAUAAUGCUGCGUCAGAUGACAAUUUUUAAUUUUAAUUUAAUUUUUCGAUCACUAGUCAGGAUUUUACCAUUUAUGUAGCCAAGUUUCGUUGCAUUUCAUACUAUAGUUGUUAGUACUUUUAUAUCCAUUCAUUUUCAUAUAAUUCAUUGAUUCAAUGUGUUGUCCUGAUAUUAUGCUAAAUUUCACAUGUAUUAAUUUAGUUACAAAUCGAUAAAGACAUUUUAGUCAUAGAAGUAUUUUUAUACUACAACAAAUAAAGUGAAAAGGAAUCAAAAUGUACAA